AGGUUUUGGUUUUUAAAUGAUGUUUCAGGAGGCUACAGUGCAUCAAUGCUGAACUGCAUGAGAUCGGCUAUAGAUGCUUCAAUCGUUACAUUCUUCCAAGACAGCCAGAGUUCACCUUUAACAUACAACGAUGUAUUUUACAUGGCUACCACUGGAGCCGCAAUUGCUCUCGGAAUGGAAAACAAAAUAGGAAACUUCAAAGUUGGCAAGAAAUUCGAUGCUCUUUUGAUAGACAUGAGUGAAGAAAUCUCGUUGUUCAAUUCUGAUGAUUCAUUGAGUAACAGCGAGAUUUUUCAAAAGUUUCUCUAUACUGGAGAUGAUCGAAAUAUUUCUUCAGUGUAUGUUAAUGGAGUUAUGGUAAAGAGUGAUGCAACAUCAAACUGAUAUUCUUGAACAGUGCAAAUUAGCGAAUAUCGCUCUAUAUUACAGAAUUAUUUUAUAUACCUACAUUUUUUUUAUAAAUUGUUAUAUUUAUGAAAUUUGAUUCAUUUUUGUAUUCUGGAAUACAGCUUAUCUAUAUAUUAUUUACAAAGAGGUUGAAAAGACACGCAAAUGUAAAUGAACCUCUAUGUAAAUAGCAUCAAAUGAAGUACCUACAACGAAUUCGGAUAUCAUUGAACUGGGCAUUUUCCACAUUAAAUGAGAUUUGAUGAGGCAUGAAGAACCUUUUGGAAACCAUGAACUAAAAGAACCAUGUCUAGUGCGAAAGUGAUUAAAAAAGGGAGAAACUUUCAUUACCGUAAAAAAUCUCGAUAUUAUAUUUUCAAUUAGUAGAAUAAUUUGUGUUUUGGUAGAACACUUGAGUUUGUCUUAUACUUAUGUCAGUAAAGGGUAAUGGGAAUACGUCGUCGACUGUGAAAGAGACAAGUAGGCUAUGUGGUAUCUCAAAUGUUUAUCAAUUUCACAGAAUUAAUAGUAAAGGACCCUUGCGAUCAUCAGUAGAGAAAAAUUCAAAAAAUGAAUACCAAGAAAGUCAGAAAUAACUCCCACCCACUCAACGGAAUGACGCUCCCCUCAGAUUCAGCACCCAGACCCGGAAUAAAGGGCAAAAGGUCGCCAAUAGUUCUGUGGCCUAGUGCAAGAAAUACCUAUUUCAUUUCAUUAUUUCUUUAUUCAUAAAUUUGUACAUUGUAUACAAUGAAUAGUGUCGUAAAUAUAUAUCUUUGAUUAGAUACAAUUAAAAAUAAAAUACAUAACAAAUAAAAUAUCUACAGAAUACAACAAUACAAAAAUACAAUAAAAUUCAACUCAUAGGAGCUGAUCUCAUUCAUUCAAAUAUUUCUUCGAUAUUAUAAAGAGCUCUUCCAGUUAAAUAUCUCUUUUACCUAUGUUAAAAUACCAACUUUCUCACAAAUCAGCUUGAAAUUUCAGCUUGUAUUUUCGAACUACGGAAUUUCGAUAAGGAAAUGCGAGUGCUAGAAGUGCAGAAGUACUUUACAUUGGUAGUUCUGGCACGGAGUAUGAAUGGCAAUCUAAAAGCCUAUGUCUUCAUUGGUAGUUUUCGCUCUCUUCGAGUGGAAUAACUAAAUCAUGACAUUGGUAGUAAAAAUUUAUAACUUUUUAUUGCUUAGGACAUUGGCACUUCUGGAACUGAAAAUAAUCGAUAUUAGUGUAUUAAACUCAUUAAAAAAAAAACAUUGGUAGUUUUUGAGCCACAGAAUUAUGUGUAGUAGAUACCCCGGCCAAAAAAUGCCGACAGGUGUUAUGUAAUGAAACCUAUAAAUGAGAAAUAAGAUAUCCCACAUAACUGAUCGACUUCCAAUCGACAAGGUGACAAAUACGAUUGAAUGAACCCACGUUGGGUGAGGGAAAAAUAGAGCCAACUGGAGGGAAAACUUGAGUGGAAGAAUCUACGCUAGAAGAAAGUAAGGGUUUAUUGAAGAGGCCCGUGUUACAUAAUGAAAUGGACGCAUCUUAACAUAAACAACUAAUUGUGAACAAAUACUAACCACAUCCUGGCGUAAAAGAGGGAACUGAAAUGGCGAAAUGAAGGAGGGAAUUGAAUUUCCUUUGUUCCCCUAAAAAAGAUAAAUUUGUAUUGUUAUCCUUUGUAUAUUUUUUAUUUUUCCUGUGAUAAAUUUCUAGACGGUGUAGAUAGAUGUAGUGGUGUGUAUCAUAAAUGUUGAGUGAGGAACUUUGACACACUGUCUUGCUUGUUGCUCUCCUCUGGGCAGAUCUGUCUACUUGUCAGAUCAAAAUCUAACAGCAGAUACUAUUACAGAUUAUUAUUCAACUCAUAGAAAUUUAUGUUGCAAGUACUUCAGGUGAUGCUAUUGUACUUACAGAAAGGUAUGGUUGCGUGUGCGCAACCUUUUGAUCUCUCUGUUUAUUGUUAUCUCAAUAUAACCUUGAAAAUAAAGAAAUAUAUAGUUAUAUAAAAGAUAAAGAGUUAAACUUCUCGAUAUUUUAAAAAUUAUUCCUGUUUAACCUUACAUAACCAGACCUUUUUUAUAAAUA